CUCUCCUGUCUUACAAAAAAAAAAAAACAGGCUUCUUUUCUUUCUUUCUUUCUUUUUUUUUUUUUUUAAACACAGUCGAGACACCGCGUCGUGCCUGUGGAAGGGAUUAAAAAACAUUUCUCCUUUAUUUUUUUAAAGAAAAGAAGCCGUUUUCCGUCGCUCGCGCACGUUUUUUUUGGGUUUAAAAAGUCUGUCUCGCGACGUGACCGUUGAAACUUUUUUUUUUCUUUGCAGCUCAGCUAAACUACAGGUUACUUGUGGAGCCGAGCGAAUCGACACAGAGUCGCGAGGCGGGAAAAAUAAGGCACAGAAAGUCGACUUGUUGCAGUCGGAAGUCGAGUUUGGAUCGUAGGAAGCGAAUUUCAGCCGCUUUGGGAGUUUUGUGGAGUCGCUGUUGUGUUUUUUUGAGGCGCUUUUGUUCUCACAACAAGAACGAGGCUUCACUCGGUCACCCAACCGACUCAUUCACUCGACUCCUCCAUCACAGCCGACAAGUUUUACUCGAGUCUUGCAACACUUUUUUUUUUAUUUUUUAUUUUUUUUAGUGUUACUAAGGUGCUGGAUUUCACAACGUAGUCAUGGACAAGCUGGAUUUCGCUCCUGAGGAUUACUACUGAAAUAGUGGUGUUUUUCUUUUCUAUUUUUUUCUUUUUUUAUGAUUAUUUUUUUCAUGUUUUUUAAACCCCUUUUUUAUUUUCAAUGCUCCACCAGAACUUGAGCUGAGACUUUGUUGUUUUUAACACAGAAAGCUAUCGCGCCUGAAACCGCGCGGUUGUUUUUGUUUGGUUUAGUUUUUCUUGGAUUUUGUGUGGCGCGCGCGCGCACGUACGUUACCACAGCCGACAUGCCUCAGCUGAACGGAGGUGGAGGAGACGAACUCGGGGCGAACGACGAAAUGAUCUCGUUUAAAGACGAAGGCGAGCAGGAGGACAAGACGGCCGAGAGCGUGUCCGCAGACAGGGACCUGGACGACGUCAAGUCGUCGUUGGUGAACGAGUCGGAGAACAACAGCAGCUCGUCGGAUUCCGAGCCGACCGAGAGACGCCCACAAGCUCGCUCCGAAGCCGAAAGUUAUGAGAGAGCCCGAGAGUGUUUUACUGAAGCGCUGAGGAGGCAACAAGAUGGAGGAGGGUUGUUUAAGAGCCCUCACUACCCAGGUUACCCGUUCAUCAUGCUCCCUGAUCUGACCAGCCCUUAUUUACCCAACGGGGCUCUGUCUCCUACAGCCAGGACUUAUCUGCAGAUGAAAUGGCCGCUGUUGGACGUGCCAAGCUCAGCAGCGCUGAAGGACUCCAGAUCACCUACACCGGGACAUUUGUCUAAUAAGGUUCCUGUGGUGCAGCAUGCACACAUGCACCCACUGACCCCCCUCAUAACAUACAGUAAUGAUCACUUUCCCCCAGCGACACCACCUUCACACCUCUCCCCAGAGAUCCUGGACCCUAAGACAGGUAUUCCACGGACCCCCCACCCCUCUGAGCUGUCUCCAUAUUACCCCCUCUCUCCAGGGGCUGUGGGGCAGAUCCCACACCCUCUAGGCUGGCUCGUCCCACAACAAGCACAGCCCAUGUACUCCAUUCCUGCUGGAGGUUUCCGCCACCCGUACCCAGCACUCGCUAUGAAUGCCUCCAUGUCCAGUCUGGUGUCAAAUCGUUUUCCUCCUCACGUUGUGCCUCAUCAUCCUCAUAGCCUUCAUCAGACAGGAAUCCCUCACCCUGCUAUAGUCUCUCCUGCCAUCAAACAGGAACCCAAUGGAGAGCUGAGCCCUGCUUCACACACGAAGUCUCCAGGGCCGGCUAAGAAGGAGGAAGAGAAGAAGCCGCACAUUAAGAAGCCCCUGAACGCCUUCAUGCUGUAUAUGAAGGAGAUGAGGGCUAAAGUGGUGGCCGAGUGCACGCUGAAAGAGAGCGCCGCUAUCAAUCAGAUACUAGGCAGGAGGUGGCACUCUCUGUCUCGGGAAGAACAAGCCAAAUACUACGAGCUGGCUAGGAAAGAGCGACAGCUUCACUCUCAGCUCUACCCCGGCUGGUCCGCACGAGAUAACUACGGCAAGCGGAAGAAGAGGAAGAGAGACAACAAGGCCCCCUCAGCAGCAGAAGAUUACUCAGCGCGGAAUAAGAAGCCUUGUGUGCAGUACCUCCCUCAGGAGAAGAUGAUUGACAGCCCAGCGUCCUCUCACGGCAGCAUGCUGGACUCCCCGGCCACGCCCUCCGCCGCCCUGGCGUCGCCCGCCGCGCCCGCCCCUACUCACUCUGAGCAGGCCCAGCCGCUGUCUCUCACCACCAAACCAGACCGCCACCACCCUCACUUCUCUCUGAUCUCCAAGCCUUCCUCAUCCUCCUCAUCCUCGUCCUCCUCUUCUGCUUCCACUUCCUCCUCUCACCCCAGCAUCUCUCUCGCCAUCAGCUCCUCAGGCAGCCAUUCGACCCCGACUCUCCUCUCUCGACCAAUCCCCUUCACCUCCCUGCACCACUCCCUCUUGUCCCCGCCUUCGCCGUUCCACCAGGCCGCCCUGCACUCCCAUCAUGCCCUGUUCCAGACACAGCCGCUCUCCUUGGUAACCAAAUCAGCUGACUGAGCCUGCGGAAACAUCGCUCUCUCUCGCGCUCUCUCUCUCUCUCUCUCUCUCUUUCUGCUUUACACAUGCUGUACAUUGCUUUUUUUGUUGUUUAUUUUAUUUUUAUUUUUUUUAAACCUUUCCUCCCCAACAUAGACGUCAGGUUAAUUUUUUUGAUAAGCGAAAAGUAAAUGAAAUAUUAUUGGUCAAUAUUUGAUCACCUGCUUUUCUGUGUCUCUCUCUAUGAAAGUGUAUUUUUUUGUAAAGUCUACUUUGGAACUGGUUUCUUAUUUGAUACAGUUAUUCAAGAAAAUCUCAUUGUAUAAAGUUAUUACUUGUAUUAAAAACUUCUUUAAUAAGACAAGAAGGAACAAAAAAAAAUUCUUAAAAGCUUACAUGUAAUUAACGGUAGUUUUGAAGUUUAAUUCAUAGUACAGGCCGGUUAUUAGUGCGGCCUUUGAGACUACCCCAGUUUUGAAGUGUGUGAACUUGAUAAAUAAAACUUGUAAAUUGUUUCUAGAA